AUGUUUGAAUCUUCCAAACCAUACUCGGCCGUGACCGUGCAGAUCGAGGUCCUCACAAGCGAGCAAUAUGAAGUCGAAGACUCCAGUGGGAUCGUUGAUCUGGUGGAAGUGGUUCGCAUCCAGGCCAGUGGCCCAACGGAAGCAAGUCGGGCUCUGCGCAAGAAGCUAAAAUACGGCAACCUCCACCGACAACUUCGUGCGCUCGUGAUUCUCGACUUCCUGGUGCAGAAUGCCGGAGAACGUUUCCUGCGCGGGUUCGCCGACGAAGCGCUCCUCGAACGACUUCGCAUCGCGGCGACGGAUUCUGUCUCAGACCCCCUCGUGAAACAGAAAUGCAAACAAAUCUUCGGGCAAUGGGCUUCGACUUUCAAAGAUACCCCCGGGAUGGCGAAGGUGACGGCACUUUAUAAGCAACUGCCCAAGCGGAAGCAGCCCGCCACCCAGGCGAAAGCCAAGGUCCUUCGCGAGGGCUCCAACUCCAACUCCAAUAAGAAUGAGCCUCCUAUGGGCCAUGUUGUGUCCGUCUCGGGAGGCAGUGGGCCAUCCACCCUGUUAUCGAGUCCCAAGCAGAAGGCCAAAGCGAAGAAGGACAAGAAAGAUAAGAAAUUGGGGCUGAGCAGCAGCAGCAGAAAAUUCGACUUGGAAAAAGAGCGCCCGGAGAUCUUACAAGCGCUUGCAGCUUCAUCGGUGGCUAGCACCAAUCUCUUGAACUCACUGAAGUUGGUCAACCGUGAGACGCACCGGGUGAGCGAGGAUGCGGAAUGCAUCCACGGGUUCGACACUUGCAAGGAUCUUCGUCACGGUAUCCUCCGCUACAUCCAAUACAUUGAAAGCGAAGAGUUCUUGGGCGGCCUCAUCCAUGCCAACGAGGAGCUUGUGACUGCAUUGAUGGCCUUCGAAGUGUUGGAUAAGAGCUUGGACUAUGACAGUGACAGCGAGGAUGACAUCUUGGAGAAUAGUUGGAAGCAGAGACAUGGGCUUGGCCUGGACGAUGAUGUGGAUACUGGGCUGGCUGGGCUUUCAAUCAAUCCCCCCAAACCACCACGACCAAAUCUGCCUGUUGCAUCCUCAACUCAGCAUUCCCGACAAAUAUUCGAUAGCGAAAGUGAGAGUGAGUCUGAGGACGACGACGAGGACAAUCCAUUUGGGGAUCGCAAUGCGAUCAAGACGCCGGGUAUCGAGAAGACCGGACAUACUUGGAAAGAGGUGUGA